AUGUUGGAAGGAACGAGCGUCGACGAUGCCAUCCGGGUCGUCGCCGCACCCUCUCAAGCCUCCUACUUCGCCGGCGAGCCGUUCACUGUCACUAUCACAUUCACCAACACUCGCAGCCCCGAUGCUCUCCACCCACGGUCCGCCUCUCAUUCUGUCUCACACGCGCACAAACGCAGCGCGCAUUCUAUCAGUUCUGUGCCUCUUGCUCGUCCUCCGACGUCUCCUGGGAUGACGCGUUCUGCUCUGUCGACAAUGCCGACCAGCCUUCCUCCGCGUCACUCCGGACCGAACAGAGUGCCUACUAGAAAGGGCCUCAUUGGAAGGAAUCGCUCAGCGAAUGGAGUCAACGGGACAGAUGGUCCGCCUACUGAACCUGCCGUCAGGAAGCCGAUGUCCAAGUCUUUGUCCAUCUCCGUCACGUCUUACGAUCUUGAUCCCAAGCCGCAAGAACCUGCGAAGGGCAAAUCCCCGCUAAGCCAGGUGCGAAACGGCGAGUCUCUGUAUCCUACGCCAACGUCUCCCCAUAUAUCGUCUCCUCUCACUCGCUCUGUAUCCUUUCCCGUAUCGCCCGAUCACCCACACGCACGGAAGCAGUCAAUAUCAGUCGGGCAGGCUCAGAUCCAAGACGUCCGUUCUCCUUACCCUCCGACGCCCAGCGCAUCGACAUCCAAUCAUUCUCUUACACUCGAUACUAUCUCUGAGAGUUCUUUGUCUCUCGUCAUGCCGCCUCUCACACCGGCGAUUCCCUCACCUAUUCCAGAGACCGCGCCUUCUAAUAUCCGGACGCAAAUGCCCUCAAUACCGACUGGUAUAAACGGUAAAACAAACGGUACAGUGGGUCCUCGAGCACCAGCUCGCCGACCCCCACAGCUCGGCCACGGGCCACCUCCAAUACCUGGCGGGUCUCAGCAACCGCGCAGCGCACUCUCAGCAUCCUUUCCAGUCCCAAAUACUGAACUGAUCCUCUAUUCGUACGCUCAGCUUGUUGGAACACUUUCGCUUGUACCCCCUCCUGGGACAGUUGGCACCCCGGAGCAAACGCGCAUGCUGAACCACGUCAGGUCGAGUCUUCUCAAACGCCAAGUGAUGGGCGGCGGUAGCAUGGACAUCACGCCGUCGCUGAACUCACAGCCAUUCUCUCAGUCGUCCUCCGCCCACCUCGGCCGGCACUCGCGCUCACGAAGCGUGUCUGUCACCUCCUCACUCUUCUCCAUGCUCUCCCCAUCGGCCGCCUCGGCCACCCAGUCUUUUGCGCCAUCGCACCGUGCCCGUGCGCCUUCCGUGUUCUCGCUCUUCUCGACCCAGACGAGCACGGUCGCGACGAGCGGAGUCGGGCUGGGCUUUACAGGCAGCGAGGGCGGUGGCGAGGACGAGGACGAGGUAGACCCGGAGACACCGCUGCCGACGUUCGAAGUGCAGCCGGCCAUGCUCGCCGUCGACCUCAGCCUCGCGCCGGGCGAGUCGCGUAGCUAUACGUACACGCUGGUAUUACCGGAGAACCUGCCCCCGACAUAUAAGGGACGCGCGCUGCGGUUCUCGUACCAGUUCAUACUGGGCGUGUGUCGGGCGUCGAGUUCUGGAGGGCGGCGCCCAUCUGCGGGAGGCCUGGGGGCGAACAGCAGCAGUAGAGUGAUGAAGGUACCCAUACGGGUGUAUAAUCAUGUUACUGUGGGACGCCCGCCAUGUCCCUACGAUCUCCUGUGGCCCGUGUCAUUCUGGAAGAUGCGUGGAAUGCAGUGCUCGCCAAAGGUGAUAGAAGAGCUGAAGCAUCCAGCCAAAAAGCAGCGGCAGGCACCGGCGAUCUCUCCAGAGGGGAAGGUUAAUCCCGAGUCGUUCGAGGAUUUACAGAGCUACGCGAAAAAUCUGCUUGCAUCGAUCAAGGAUGGCGGCGGACGGCCACACUGGAACGGGAAGUUGCCAAUGCCAAUACCGAUCGAGACAGUCGACCUCGAGCAGGAUAGGGACCGCGAAGAGGCCGGUGGGCUGUCGGGUUGUCGGCAAGCGGUAGAUUUGCUCACGCGGAAUCCGCGGAAAGCGUCGUAUGACGUGAACAAGGAUGGUGUGAAGGUUGCUGUGCUUACCUUCACUAAGUCUGCAUAUCGACUUGGGGAGACGGUGCUUGGUGUCGUAGAGCUGAAUGAACGGGCGAGCCGGGCAAAGGUACUCAAGCUCUCUGCGAUGCUCGAGGCACAUGAGUCGCUCCCUAGCGCGCUCUCCUCGCUGUCGCCGGCAGCAGCCCGACAGUUACGGCGUGUACAUGCGGAACACCACAAUUCUUUCAUGCCAGCGACGCUACGCACGACGUUUGCACUGGACAUUCCACCAGACGCGACACCCGCGUUCCAGGUGGACGUCAGCGCUGGACCUGAUCACCGCCCUGGAGGACUGGAAUGGAAGGUCCGGCUGUGCCUGCUCGUCGCAGUGGCGCAGCCGACAUCAAAGGAGGGCCCCGGUGGGCUGCGGCUGCGACACCUGGUAAGGGACGGUCCAGGUGGCGAGUGGGGUUCGUCGUGGAAGGCAGCGUGGACGAUUGCGCCGAUGGAGAGACCGGACUUGCACGCAGAGGCUGAGGCAGCGAACGCGCCGGGACAGAUGCCGAGCGCAUCGGGGUCAUGGUUAUCGUACUUCACGGCACCGCUGCUGGGCCCUGCGACGGGGUAUCAUGACGGGGACGAGGUGGAUGAGGAGAAGGAGGGAGACGAUACGGUGGGCGAAGAGGGUGAGUGGCGAGAGGUAAGGACAGAGGUGGUCGAAUGCGAGGUGCCGAUACGGGUAUGGCCGGGGAACACGGCGUUCAAGGCGACCGAGGUGAUCUUUGACGUUUAG